UGCACCACCGAAGAAGAGGGCCGCCACAAUCCGGAUUUGACGCAGUUAGCGACAUCCCGGGCGAACCGGGCCCGGCUCCGUGAUGUAAUAUUGCACUUUGGAUGCUGCCGAAUAAACCGCCGUGUUGUGUGUUGGAUUCACGCGAACACCGACCAUGAGCUCGCGCGAGUGAAACGCGACCAAACGAGCUUUCGACACGAUGGCGACGGGCGUCGUCAAGACAUUCGCGGAGACGUGUCAUUCUCUCCAGGACCCCCGCCUGGUGGCGAGGUUCCAGCACCUCUGCGGGGUCCGGGGCACGUUUCCGGAGAAGGCGACCGUCGAACCGCAGGACGGCGGCGGCGACGACGACCGCCCCGAGCUACGAAGGAGGAGCCCCGGGGACGACGCGAGCAACGGGGCGGCCGUGCACGCCAACGGGAAGGCGAGCGACCCCGACCCCGGGCCCGAGGACGAGGACGAGGACGAGAGCUCCGCCCGGGCCAAGCCCCUCCGCAGGAACUCGCUGACCGGCGACGUGGGCCAGGAGUUCCUGAUCCGCAACAAGUUCCUCUUCUAUCUGUUCACCUUCGGCACGGAGCUGGGCAACGAGAUGUUCUUCAUCGCCUUCUUCCCGUUCCUCUUCUGGAACAUCGACGCCCUGGUCAGCCGCCGGCUCAUCGUGGUGUGGGCCUGGAACUUGAUGGUGGGCCAGUCCACCAAGGACAUGGUGCGCUGGUCCCGGCCGGCCUCGCCUCCCGUGGUCAAGGUGGAGGUCUUCUACAACUCCGAGUACAGCAUGCCGUCCACGCACGCCAUGACGGGCACCGCCGUCCCCUUCGGCCUCUUCAUGCUCACCUACGGACGCUGGCAGUACCCGUUCGUGUUGGGUUUGUGCGUGGCUCUGUGCUGGAGCGCGCUGGUGUGUGUGAGCAGAGUCUACAUGGGCAUGCAUUCGGUUCUGGAGGUGAUAACGGGCUUCUUGUACAGCGUCCUCAUCCUGGCCUUCUUCCAGCAAACUUUGGACAAGAUCGACGACUUCUACAUGACGCACGCGUACGCGCCGCUCGUCAUCGUCGUGUCGCACGUCGGCCUCGGACUCGUGGCCUUCUCCCUUGACUCUUGGAGCACCUCACGGGGGGACACCGCCCAGGCGCUGGGCACCGGGGCCGGCGCCGCCCUGGCCACCCACGUCAACUUCCGGUUGGGCCUGACGGCGGACCCCCCGGCGUCCUCGCUGCCGUUAGCCGCGCGCUCGCUCGGUGCCGGCGCGGCGGCCCGCUCCCUGCUGCGCUUCGCCGUCGGGGUGGCCGUCAUCCUGCUCACCCGGACGGUCAUGAAAGCGCUCGCCAUCCCGUUCCUGUGCCGACUGGCCGGGCUCCCCGCGGACGACGUGAGGCGGGCGAGACAGCGCAUGGCCGUGGAACUGCCGUACCGCUACAUCGUCUACAGCGUGGUCGGCUUCACGUGCGUGUGCGUGGUGCCGCUCUUCUUCAAGCUGGUAAGCCUGGCGUAAGCGCUGUCCCGGCGGUGUUGUCGUGCACUGCUGGAAUUCUUACCCACCGAUAUACGGGGUGAAUGCCAAUCUGGUGAUAUUCGACCGUCAUCCUGAAAUUUCCCCCGAAAUCCCGAUAUCCCUGGCUCUUUGUGAUUAUUUGAUUAUGCUUUAUAGCACUAUUGUAAAAAGUUCCCAGGUGUCUUAACAAAAUGUAUUAAUCAAAAUACUACAUAAAGAAUGACAGCACACUUAAUAUCCACUUGUCCCACUCCGUUUGACAUCACUCGGUUUCAGGGGCGUGGUCCUGGCUCGUGCAAAUGCAGAGUACGGCCUUCGUCACCAUGACGACCGGGGGGAGACCUUGGGUGUUGUGCAGAAGCGAUGGCUUCUCGAUGCUUAUCUCAGAUGCUUCCCCCUGUGUGUCCAGACCGCAAAUAACUGGAGCAUGCGCGAGUGCUGCCACUGACCAAAUGUAACCAAAUAUCCACCCUGCGCAUGUGUAGAAACUCACUCCGGGGUCGGUUCUUUUGAAUAUUAGUCGCGUUGCGGCCUCGCAAUUUAGCAAAAUUCAGAAUGGGCAGAUGAUAAACAAUUGAGUUGUUUUCUUUUUCAGAGACCCAACUAUUUGCAUAAAAAACAUUUUCAUAAAAUUGUAAAUAAAUAGGUCUUGUCUUGACACACACCAGAGAAGAGUCAUUAACAACCCCUUUCAAAUUUCAAUGAUUUAAAAAAAACAAAACAAAACAAAAAAAAUCCAUCAUAUGAAAUGAGACUGAAAAAUCAAGCCGUAUUCUCCUCUCAAACGCUGUGGGCGUGUCCACUGAAUCUACUGAAGCCAUGCCUGCACAACUGUCAAUCAAAUACCACUUCUGCGAACUGGAAAAUGGACGUCAGUUUGUCUAGCAUCUUUCUUAUGUCUGUGCAUAACUAAAUGUUUAGGCCAUAAAAAUAUAUCUGAUUAAAGCAUCCCGUGGCUGGAAUAUAUUCAUCGCGGGGGGCUUUACCACACCGUGACAACGAGGCGCUCUAAAGUGGCCAUGCCAUCCUGAAGCCCCGGUCCACACACUGGCUAGGAAGUCUGACGUUUUCUUUAAAAAUAAAAAUAAAAUAAAUCUUCCUUCCUCCGUCUUUCUCUGCAUGACGUGUGCACUCACGGCCGACAACGAGGCGCUGUAAAGCGGCCAGGCCAGCAUGAAGCCCCUGUCCACACGCCGAGUGUCAAGUAGGACUUUUUAUAAUAAAUAAAAAAAAAAAAAAAAAACAUUCUCCCUUCCUCACUCUCCCAUCUUUCUGUGUGACGUGCAUGCACUCAAUGCUGACAACGUAGCGCUGUGAUGCGGCCUAGCUGGUGGCUGAUACGAAUGAAGGGGCUCAAGUUCUUCUUUGAUGGGGGAGGGGCGACUCGUGUCGCACUCCAAAGUGCGUCACGCAGCACCGUUUCAGCUGCGCUCCCAAAGAAUCAAGAAAACUGAAAUGGCGUAAAACCUUUUGCACAUAUUUUCAGCAAUUAUCUUUAAACAUGUAUAAUACAGUAUUUAGAUAGAAAUCUCAGAAUUCACUUUACAGGGUCUUGAAGUUGAUGACGCUGCUGUUAAUACAGUACUGGAAAUAGUCUGAAAAAUGCACAAUGUAAACAGCUUUAAAACAUUUUAAAACUAACAAGCACUUGAGAACACACUGGCAAAAGAAGGAAACCAGACACAUGGCUGCUUUCCAUCUUCCAUGAAGUAUUGUGGGGGUGGGGGGUCGGAAAAAAAAAAAAAAAACUUCAUAUCCACUGGCAACUCCUCACACAAUCAAAUGUUCUGUUUAAUUUGUUUCACAUUAAUUUCCGAUGACUGCUUUUUUGCAUCACCAUCACUUUGCUUUGAAUAAACCAAACGAUGAAUCGUGUUUGCUAAAACGUGAAUGUAUUCCAAAUGAUAUUUGAUUGUUUUUGUCUAAUCUGUAUUCCAUCACCACUAUUAUUGUGUCUUUGUUUUUUUGUGUUCUGCUGCAUUAUUAUUGUCACUUUGCUUUUUUGUCUCGCUCUCGUGUGAAUGAUGUUUACUGUAAUGUCAAGUCGUCCCGUGAAUAUAAAAUACAAUAUUUUUGAUGUCUUAUACCAUAUUGAAUAAGAUGGUGUAUUGAGAUUUUUGAAUUAUUAUCAUGACCAGGACAUUUCAGAGUGCUGCACUUAAGUGUAUUAAAAUCUUUACCUUCUUAGCUGCUUUUGCCUGGCUUGUAUUUAUUUCUUGUUACGCGGUGUUUAUGAAUCCUAAUCGAUGUCCAUGUUCUGCAACACUUGUCCUCUAGGUCAUAAAAUCAAAACAGUCCAGCGAAAACAGUAAGUAGGCCGUUGCUACGAACGGCCUGUGUCGGUGGGCCGUCGUAAAACCAGGCCACCCUGAACGCGCCAUCAAGCUUUUAUUUCGAAAACUCCCAGCAUCCGGUUACAGCGGAAGCUGAGACUUUUACUUUGUCGAGAAACCCAAAGAGUCGCCGUGUUUGCUGAAAAUCGGUCUGGAGGAGAAAGUCACCACCGUGACGGUGUCGGCAUUCAUUGAAACGUCUUUUAGUGAACCUUGUAAAAAACAGUAGCUUUUCAUUUGUACGAUACUCCUGUCGCUAAAUACUGUAAAUGUGCGGUCAUUUUUAGGCUACUAUACCUGCUAGUGUCAGGUAGCUCAGCUAGCUAAUUUAGUUAAAUGUUUUUU